AUGUUUCCAAACAUGAAUGGCGCAAAUAAUGCGCAAGGAUAAUAAUAAGGGAAUUCAGCUCCUUCAAUUUUUAACAAUCCUGUACCUUCAAACAACUUAUUUGGUCAGCCUCAAAAUCCGUUAGGGUAAUAACAACCAUAAGGAAUUCUGGGAUAACCUUAAUAGUCGAGUAUUUUUGGUAAUACCACUUAGUCCACUGCUAUAUUUGGAUAGCCUUAAUAAUAAUAAACUAAUGUAUUAGGACAACAGCAAUAACCACCCUUAGCAGGAUAGCAACAACCAAAUUCAUUAUUAGGACAGCCAUAAUAAUAAGCAACAUAAUUAGGACAGACCUAGCAAACCAAUAUGUUUGGUUAACCUUAAUAAUAAUAACCAUUAGCCUAAGGUCAAUAAACAACAAUAGCAUAACCCACUACUUAAUAAUAACCAGCUUAGCCUAAAAACUACACAUUAAAUUAAAUCAAUUAACAAACCAAAUUACACAUAGAAAAUUUGACCAAAGCAAUAGCAAACAAAGAAAAGAUUGAUAAAAAUUAAAAAAAUUUACAACUUAUAGAAAAAAACUCAUUAAAAAACAUUUAACAAUAAUAGCAAUAACAACUUACUAUUGGAAAUCCAAAUCCAUAAUAACAAGUAUAGAGAACUCUAGUGAAGGGAGAUAGAAGAAAUCACACGUAAAAAGUUGAAAAUUAUUAUAAUGAGUGGAAUAAAGUUUUUCUGAAUAUCAGCAAAAAGUAAGAUGAAACACUUGCUUAAUUAGUUGCUCUAGUUGAUUAACUCACUUAAUAGGAUACUUCUUUUGAUAUAGAUGAAGAAUCACUCAUUGAUUCCAUAAAAUAAUUUGGUAAGGACUUGGAUGUUUUGGAACGUAAAAUCAAUUACGUAGUCAAGAUAUAGGAAAAAAUACUAGGACUUGAAAAAGAGGAAUCUGAAUGGGAUCAGAUUGUCAAUAAUUUAAGCGAAUGCUUGUUAUAUUUGGAUUAAUAAACUAAAGAUGUUGAGGACUUAUUGUAAUAAGCAGAAAAGCAUCCGAAGGUGCAAAAUAAAUGA